GUUGGAGAUGUCUUGGGAUUCCCGUGGUAGAAUGGCGAGCGAGUUAAACGAGCAAUGGCCGCAGGGUUUAAUCAAUUUGUCCGUCCGUGGAGUAGCAGCUCGAUGCUACAGCCGAUUUUGGUUUGAUUUGUGGAAUCGAAGAAACAGGCGCUGGGAUCGCUCGAUCUAAAGAGGCCGCGAUUAAAUGGUCGAAAUGCAGUCGCUUAAGGGCAAUGCGAUGAAGCCCAAGGGAAGGACGAAGUUUUUCUCGGUUUUGCUGGGCAUCUUGUUUGUGGCGAUGGGGCUUGCCGCGUUUUCCCAGCUCCUCUUUCUCGGGAGAAUUGAUGAUCCUGGCAGUGAUUCGCGCUGGAAGGAUGACAAAGAAGCUAGAUUGCUUCGCAUAGGUCUCGUGAAACCCGAAGUCCUAAACUGGUCUCCCAGAAUCAUUUUGCUACACAAGUUUUUGAGCGCAGAGGAAUGCGAUUACUUGAUAGCCAUUGCCGGGCCGAGGUUGGCGAAGUCCACAGUCGUAGACACAAGCACAGGCAAGGGAAUCGAGAGCAAGGUCCGGACGAGUACAGGAAUGUUUCUAAGCAACUAUGACAGACGUUAUCCCAUGAUUCAGGCAAUAGAGCGUCGUAUUGCUGUUUACUCCAUGAUCCCUGUGGAGAAUGGUGAACUCCUCCAAGUUUUGCGGUAUGAGCCGAAUCAAUACUACAAGCCUCAUCACGACUAUUUCUCAGAUCAGUUUAAUCUAAAACGAGGAGGCCAGCGCGUGGCAACGGUUCUCAUGUAUCUCAGCGACGUCGAGGAGGGAGGAGAGACCAUAUUUCCAUCGGUACAGUGUCUACUUCUCAAAAUGCUCUACAUGUAUUCAUUCCUAUCAAUCUUUUUGUUUCCAAAGGUUGGGGAUGGCGAGUGCGAAUGCGGCGGCGAGCUUAGAAAAGGAUUGUGCGUGAAGCCAAGGAAAGGCGAUGCCAUCCUAUUCUGGAGCGCUGCUCUUGAUGGAAAUGUCGAUAGCAACAGUCUCCAUGGAGGCUGUAGUGUUUUGCGAGGAGAGAAAUGGUCCGCCACAAAGUGGCUGAGACAAUCAAGAUUCAGCUAAAACCUCUAGCACAAGUUUUGUUGUGAACACUGUAAAUACAUAUUCAUACAUACAUAAAAAUCUUAAUUACUCUUGAUAUUAAAA